AUGAGCAAAUCUAUACCAAAGCCUGCUACUCACAACUACAGUAAUACCAACGAAGCCCAAGGAGGUUAUGCCAUCCUUAAAAAACACCUCGCUCAAAUCAAAGACUACUGCCGAACGCUACGUAAACCACUACUCAUUUUUACUGAUAACUCACUACUCAAUACAGCACUCAACAAGCCAGAACCAGACGACAAAGGAGAUGUAUACUACUUUGCAAACAAAAUACUAAGGCUACUGAAAACGGUUGACAACAAAGUCACCUACUACCACAUUCACGGAAAGUUCAACCCUGCCGAUGCACCGAGCAGACAACUUAGAACCAAAUCAAAAAUAGAGCAGAAGACACACACCGCAGAAAAUCGAUUGUGGGCCAACGACCGAUUCUAUCGCACACAAGAACCAAACCGCCCACCUACGGCUAAUUAUAUAUCUCGCCCACAAUUGCUGACUGAAGAUUUAAUUAAUACCCGCAAGAGACCUCCGGACCACGAUUUAAUAAUCACCGGGAGACGCCGUCUCCAACACGAAAUAGUUAACAUCUAA